AUGGGAAACAUAGGCCGGCCGAGCACUGGUUGUGGCCUGUGUCGCAAGCGGAGAGUUAAGUGUGACGAAGAUCGACCUGGCUGCCGCAAUUGUAAGAGACUCAAUAAACCUUGCCCUGGAUACCGAGAGCCAGGCUAUGGCUUUAUUCGAACGACAGUCUUUGGCCCACCACAGGACUCUCAGCCUGAAGGCCGUUCAUCAUCUUUGCCCGCCAAUCCCGGAACAUUAUCAGAUAUCUCUCUACCAGCAAGGCCAGAAUCACGCCGGACAAUCAGCUUCGGUUCUGUACCUAGCUAUGAGAACGAAGGCCAUGCACGAGGCCGGAGUCUCGAUUAUGAGUAUGGCGGAAUACCAACACCGCGAUCGAUGACAACAAGCCCAGACGGUUUGAGCGAUCAAUCAGUGUGUUAUUCACUCCAGCAACUUGACGUGAACUCUCGAGUCUUGUACGGAAACUCGACUUACACAUUUCUCCCAAACAUCCUGUCCGAAGCAGGCUUGGAUUCCUGCGUAUAUGCAGCGAUGCGCUCAGUUGGAGUAAUAAAUUUUGCCAACCGCUCUCCAACCACCGACUUACGUUCUGUUGUCGACUUGGAGUACUCGAGAGCUGUUACAGCCGUGACAAGUGCGUUGGCAGACCCGCGACAGUAUCUGAAGGAUGAGACAUUGGUGGCGGUAUGGUUGCUGGCCAUGAGAGAAAUGUUGGUUGGCAUAUCAUCUCGACCAGGAGCCAAUUCCACUGGAUACCAAACUCAUGUCGAUGGCACAUUAAUGCUCCUCCGUUUGCGUGGUGAGGAGCAGUUCUCCCGACCUGAAGGCCGACACUUAUAUGCCACGCUUCUCUCAGCAAUGCACUGGCGACCUCUCUUCGCGAGCGAAGAACCAACCCCAGAAUACCUUACCCUUGAAUCCCAAAUUUCGAAAGCCACCCAGGUACCGUUAGCAUCAGAGAAGCUACACAACUUCUUCCAUGGCACGUGCAAGUUGAGGGCACGCAUCCGAAACUUUGUCUACAUACAGCAAGACCCUGCCCUCGAUCGGCAGAAGAUCAUAAGCACCUACUUGAAAGCUGCCACACGGCUCGAGGACAAAAUGGUCGGCUGGUGCGACAUCCCCGAAUGGCGCCCACGAAAAGUCCACAUAGGAGGCAACAAUCAAGCGAGCUACGAAGCACUGUUCCGCAACCCGUGGACCGUCGGCACACUGUUCAGGCUACACUGCUUUGUAUCCUGGCCAGGCUUCUUCCAUUGGAAUCGGUUCUUCGUGGCCAAGAUCCUGCUGCACGGCGCCAUCCUCGACGCGCUAUUUACCCUGACGACCUCCAACACCACCACCCCGUCCUCUCCAGACGACCUCGACAUCCCCACCCUCCUUCAGAUCCACACAGCAAUAAUCCAUGAGACGGUCGCCGAUUUUCUCGGCCUCCUGGCCUACGCAUUCGGCGACAUCGACGGCGAAGGUCAAAUCCGUCCUGUCCCAACACCUGUCAUCAGCGACGGCGCCACAGAGGAACACCGCGGCAUCAACAUUCCAACGACGCUGCAGAUUCAGCCGCCGUUGACAUUCCUCAUCACUUUCAAAUACCUCGCUCCCGGUCAAAGGGAAGCCAUGUUUCUUGCGUUGCAGCGUAUUCGCGCGGAAUUUUGUUUGAAAUAG